CAGGAGAGAGGCAGUGAGGCACGUGAACUUGGGUUCUUGGUUUAAAAAAAAAAGUAGAGGAGGAGGAAGAAGGAGAAGAAGAAUUCCAAACUAAACCCAGCAAGUUGAGAGGUGUGAGCGCUGAUUAAAAAGGGAAGCACUUUCCGCGGGGCGGAGCUGAGCUGUCCUUGGUCCUGAAGCAACGCGGCGUUCCUACUUCGCCUCCAACAUCAGGGACUUUUGCAGGCAAGGCGGCUUCGGAAGGCGACCAUGGGAGGCGGUGGCGCGGCCGCGGUCCCGACCCUCCAGUCUAGGCGCUUUCAAAGGUGCUGAAACGUCCUUCCAACCUGCCGUUUUUGGCGCGUUCGCCUUCUUGAGCAGAGACGGACCUCGAACAGAGAUCGCCUGCGCUGUCCGCGGUCCUGAAACCUCCCUUUCCUUAGGCGCUGGUACGAAAGGAGAGCUCGCUCUUCGUUCUGUAAUCCGUGCCUCUCGCUUGCCUCAUUCACUGCUCUUUAAAAAAAGAAAAUCUUGUUAUGGACUCUUUAAAAGUUCAUUGUUUGGUUAAGUCAUUUCCUAUAAUUUAGGGCUGAUGGAUCUAUGGUUAGCGGUGGCGAUUGCGAAUAGUUCAGAUUAGGGAUCUUUCUCCCUGCAAGCAAAGUUUCACUUUCGCCACCCCUACUCUGGCUCCUGUCUUCCCUUCCCCUCUUUCUCUCCCUUGUCUCCUUCCCCUCAUCUCUGCAGCUAGCUUGACUGCAGGUUUUCAAGAGGGACAGCGCCUUGGAUCGUAAUACGGACCGGCGAUUGUUGCUGCACUAACUUUGGAUCCGAAGUCCCGCAGUUCCAAGGUCGCUCUUCUUCUUCUCGAGCCUAAUCCGGACACCGGCUGGUCAAUGUCACCCUGAAAGGCAUGGAAGGUGCCAACGGAUUUGGGAUCGAUUCCAUCCUGUCCCACCGAGCCGGGAGCCCCGCCGUGCCCAAAGGGGAACCGCUCAUGGGGGAAGGACGCUCCCCCUUGGAACUUAGUCCCCGCUCCGAAAUCAGCAGCGGCUGCCCGUCGCCCCACUCUCCCGGGAGGGAGUGCUUGGAAGCAGUAGCCCAGAGACAAGGCGUGGCAGUGGGGCUGGAGUCUCACCUCCAAGCGGGGCAAAUCUUGGCCCCUUCACAAUCCAGAACAGUGACCUCCUCCUUCUUAAUCAGGGACAUCUUGGCCGAUUGCAAGCCUUUGGCAGCCUGCGCCCCUUACUCCAGCAGCAAUGGACAGAGCGCGCAGGAGGCACCGGUUCGGAUUCCCCCCAAAUCCGGAGAGGACUUCCGGGAGAAGAUGGACAAGAACAACAGCAGCAACUCCUCUUCGGACACAGAAUACAAAGUGAAAGAAGAAGGGGACAGAGAGAUCUCCAGUUCCAGAGAGAGCCCCCCAGUGAGGCUGAAAAAGCCGCGCAAGGCCCGCACAGCCUUCACGGAUCACCAGCUGGCCCAACUGGAGCGGAGUUUCGAGCGGCAGAAAUACUUGAGCGUGCAGGACAGAAUGGAGCUGGCCGCGUCCCUCAACCUCACAGACACCCAAGUAAAGACCUGGUACCAGAACAGAAGGACCAAAUGGAAAAGGCAGACCGCGGUGGGACUGGAGCUGCUGGCCGAAGCCGGGAACUACUCGGCGCUGCAGAGGAUGUUCCCGUCGCCUUAUUUCUACCCGCAGAGUCUGGUGUCCAACCUGGAUCCGGGCGCUGCCCUCUAUCUCUACCGCGGGCCCAGCGCCCCGCCGCCGGCCCUGCAGAGGCCGCUGGUCCCCCGGAUCCUCAUCCACGGACUUCAAGGGGGCAGCGAGCCCCCGCCGCCCUUGCCCCCCCUGGCCGGAGUCCUUCCCCGGGCGGCUCAGCCGCGGUGAGGCGAGGAGGAGGGACCGGGCGCAGCUUCUGGAAGAGACAACGUGGGAACGCCGGGGGCUGAGGGCCACUUGUCCUCAUAAGCAACCUUCUGGGGGACGCAUGGCAGUGAUGGGCAGGGCCAGGGGCCCUCACCUUUGUACCACAGGGGUGCUGCAAACCCCAGAGGUUUCUACGCACAUGUGGACAUCUGUACUCCAGCCAGGAAAAGGGAUAGAGUGAGCUCGUAAAGGGGAAAGAGAUGUCUGUAUCACAAGAGGACUCCUUUUAUGCUAGACCAAGAAUUUUCAAAAAGGCUGGGAAGUCUAUAGCCCUUCAGAUGUUGCAUGACUCCAGCACCCAUCCUGGAGCAACUCUCCUAUGAGGAAAGGCUGCAGUAUUUUUGACUUUUUCAUUGGGAAAAAAGGCAAGUAAGAAGCGACGCAGUAGAAAUUUAUAAAAUUAUGCAUGGAUUGGAGACAGUGGAUGCAUUUCCCCCAUCCUUCUUUCAUAACACUAGAUCCUUGCAGAAAUCCAAUGAAGCUGAAUGUUUGAAGAUUCAGGACAGAUAAAAGAAAGGCCUUCACACAGUAGUGCGUAGUUAAACUAUGGAACUCUCUCCCACAGGAGACAGUUAUAGCCACCACCUAUAAUGUCUUUCAUCAUAGGGAUGCGGGUGGCGCUGUGGUCUGAACCACUGAGGCCUGGGCUUGCAGAUUGGAAGGUUGGUGGAUCAAAUCCCCACGAUGGGGUGAGUCCCUGCUCCUGCCCACCUAGCAGUUCGAAAGCACGUCAAAGUGCAAGUAGAUAAAUAGGUACCGCUCCAGCGGGGAGGUAAACGGUGUUUCCGUGUGCUGCUCUGGUUCGCCAGAAGCGGCUUAGUCAUGCUGGCCUCAUGACCCGGAAGCUGGACGCCGGCUCCCUCGGCCAAUAAAGCAAGAUGAGCGCCGCAACCCCAGAGUCGUUCAUGACUGGACUUAACUGUCAGGAGUCCUUUACCUUUUUUAAAAAUGAUGUCUUUAAAAGAGGACUGGACAAAUUCAUGGAGAUAAAGGCUAUCAGUGGCUAAUAGGCAGACCCAGAUGAAAGCAACUCGAGGUGCCAGGCUAGGAGAUCUUGAGAGGCCCAAACUGAAUAGCAUCUGAUCAUGAGAAACAAAACCUCGUUCUUUAUCAACUCAAUGAAAGUAGAACAUUGCUGAAAUUUUAGCACUGAUUAAGAGAUUGUUUAUAAAUUUAUGGAAUUAAUGAAGAGAUCCACACAGAACCUUCAUAGGGGAAAUUAUAGCAAAGUUACAACAUUGCACUAUAUACAAGGUCAGAACAGUUUCUUUCAAGGUCUUUUGGCUGUAAACUUAAUUAUAUCAUUAAAAUCAGUAAGUCACAGUUUAUCAUUUUAUAUGCAGAGAAUGCUUAGAUCACACAAUCAUUCUUGGGACAUUGUUGAGCGUAGAUCAUUCUGUAUCCUUUUUUAGUCUAUAAAAUGAUGUUUCGCCAGUACAGUUUGUAACCAUUAAACACAGGAACAAUCUGAAAA